CGGGCAUGUGCAGUUGGGACUUCUUCUCUGCAGUUCUCCGUCAGUGAAGAAGAUUGGGAGAAAAGUGCCGUGCAGGAAAGGGCACAUGCUAGGAUUUAAGACAUCCCAAGAAUACAGAAUGGACUUUUGAAGUUACAUAUUAUAACCUGCAGAAGGGGACCACGAAGGUUUAUCAUUAACUCGGAGGUGUUGCCAGGUGUUAUAAAAAGGGGAGCUGCUGAGGAGCAAGAGGCACACCGUCAGGAUGUCUACCACCCUGUGGACCACGACACCCCCUGCCACUUCCGACAACACUGUUCCCAUCAAUAAUGCGGCGGACAUUUCAGUCAUUGUUAUCUACUUCCUAGUCGUCUUGGCGGUGGGCCUUUGGGCUAUGUAUUCCACAAACCGUGGGACUGUGGGUGGAUUCUUCUUAGCAGGCAGAAGCAUGGUUUGGUGGCCGAUCGGUGCCUCGCUGUUCGCCAGCAACAUCGGCAGCAGCCACUUCGUGGGCCUGGCUGGGACGGGGGCAGCUGCAGGAAUUGCGAUUGGCGGGUUUGAGUGGAACGCCCUGGUUAUGGUGGUGAUUCUCGGCUGGCUGUUUGUCCCCAUCUAUAUAAAGGCUGGAGUGGUGACCAUGCCUGAGUAUCUGAGGAAACGGUUUGGGGGAAAGCGGAUUCAGGUCUACCUCUCAGUCCUCUCUCUGCUCCUUUACGUCUUCACCAAGAUCUCUGCGGAUAUAUUUUCUGGAGCAGUAUUUAUUCAGCGAGCUAUGGGACUGAAUAUCUAUGUGGCUAUCAUCAUGUUGCUUGCUAUCACAGCCCUAUACACUAUCACAGGAGGACUCGCCGCUGUCAUCUAUACAGACACACUGCAAACUUUCAUCAUAUUGGUGGGGUCUAUCAUCUUAACAGGAAUUGCAUUUAAUGAAGUAGGAGGAUACAAUGCUUUUGUGGAGAAAUACAUGGCAGCAAUCCCAAAUGUUGGAAAUGCGAGUAUUCCUGAAAAAUGCUACACUCCCCGCCCAGAUUCCUUCCAGAUCUUCCGGGACCCCAUCUCUGGUGACCUGCCAUGGCCAGGACUCAUCUUUGGCUUGAGUAUUCUGGCUUUGUGGUAUUGGUGCACAGACCAGGUCAUCGUCCAGCGAUGCCUGUCGGGCAAGAACAUUUCCCAUGUCAAGGCUGGCUGCAUCAUGUGUGGUUACUUGAAGCUGCUCCCCAUGUUCCUGAUGGUGAUGCCUGGGAUGAUCAGUCGGAUUUUGUACACAGAUGAGGUGGCUUGUGCUGAACCUGAGGCGUGCAAGGUGGCUUGUGGAACAACAGUGGGAUGUUCAAACGUUGCCUAUCCAACAUUGGUGGUGAGGCUUAUGCCAGAUGGCUUACGAGGUCUAAUGCUGUCUGUCAUGCUGGCCUCUCUGAUGAGCUCCCUCACCUCCAUCUUCAACAGCGCCAGCACAUUGUUCACCAUGGAUAUCUACACCAAAAUACGAAAUCGAGCGUCAGAAAAAGAGCUGAUGAUAGUAGGCAGGUUGUUCAUGCUAGUUUUGAUUGGUAUCAGCAUUGCCUGGGUCCCUGUUGUACAAUCAGCUCAAAAUGGGCAACUCUUUGACUACAUCCAGUCCAUUACCAGCUACCUGGGCCCACCAAUCGCAGCUGUCUUCUUUCUGGCUAUCUUCUGCAGGAGGGUCAAUGAACACGGUGCCUUCUGGGGCCUGGUUAUUGGGCUGUUGAUUGGUCUCUCUCGAAUGAUUGCCGAGUUUGCCUAUGGAACGGGCACCUGUGUGCAUCCUAGUAAUUGCCCAGAUAUCAUAUGUAAAGUUCACUACCUCUACUUUGCCAUGAUCCUUUUCGCCAUCUCCCUCAUCCUCAUUUUGACCAUCUCACUCUUGACCAAGCCCAUUGAUGAAGUACAUCUCUAUCGUCUUUGCUGGAGCUUACGCAACAGGACGGAGGAACGCAUUGAUCUGGAUGUAGACGAUACAAUAGAAACCAAGGCGCCUGAUUUUGGCAAUGAAACUGCCCCUGAUGAAGAGGUGCCCUGUUUCAAGAAAGCUCUCAAUUGUUUUUGUGGCUUCGAUAACAAGAAAGCCCCACAACUGACUGAAGAGGAAGAGAAAGCCCUGAAGAUGAAAUUAACUGACACAACAGAACACCCUUUCUGGAAGCGUGUCGUCAACAUCAAUGGCAUCAUCUUGUUGGCCGUGGCAGUGUUUUGUCAUGGGUUUUUUGCAUAGUUGUCUACAGUGCUUUUUUUUUAAAGUGAAAGUCUUCUCAAUCACUCACUGAAAUUGUACUGUGAGCCCAGUUAUGUCCUUAACAAACCUAUCACUUAUUCAUUUCUAUUGAAUUGAUUCAUAUGGUUUAAUCACAUUGAUUAACUGGAAUUAAACAAUCAGUGGGCUAAAGCGAAACCUUGAGGGUGAGAUCAUAGAGUCUCCAACACUUCAUGAAUAUCUUCCGUCAUGAUCCUAGCCCUAGUGUGGCCUCCAGGUCCUAGGGAGGCCUAUAUUAAAGUAGCUAGCAGGCCUACAUAUCCCAAGCACCCUCUGGGCUUUGUGAUUGGUAAAAGAAGAGUUUGAGGGAAAACUGGGGCCAAUCAGGGUGGAGGGGUGGUGCCUGAGAAGAGUACAUAAAACGCAGGGUUGCCAGAGAGUGUGCUACAGUUGGAGGGAUCCCUCAACCAGAAAUGGGUGAGUUGACUUGAACCAUAGCUCCAGGAGUUGGCUAGGAACAGUAAAGGGUAUUUAUUAUUUUGUUUAUUAGCCUUUACUGAUCUCAUCCUAUAUGUGGCUUGAAUUACUAUUGUUAUUAGACCUAUUUAAUAAACUUUUGUUAUUUUGCCUGGGUCCUCAGGCUUCAUUUGGUCACCUAAAAGGUAUUUCCCUGUUUGGAAAAGAAGCAGUGUGGGGCAAGGAGGGUUCUCAGGGUCCGUACCAGAGUGGUGACAGUCAAUAAAGAUUCCCUCCUCCGCCCACCCACCCCCCGCCCAAUAGGACAGGUACAUACAAGCUCCCUUUUCUGAAAGGGAUCAUACUCACCACAUCUUGGAUUCCACAUGCAAAGAAAUGUGGUGGACUAUCAGAACCACAUCAGAGAUGCUCAGGCGGAUUCCGCAUGGGCCAAAAACAGCAGUGUGAAAAUGGUGUAAAAUAGUUUAAAACAGUGUAAAAGGGUUUUGAUCUGGUUUGAAUUUUUUUUUUUUACAAAAGGUGAUUUUAAAAAAUGCAGCUUUGUUAUCUAAAAUGUUGGAGGAGUUUGUUCUGUCCUCCCAUAACUAAUGUGGUUUGUAAAGACAACAUAAGGAGAAUGUUAUUGUUUGGCAAAUACAGAUUGCUGUGUGGAGUUGUCCAGAUCCAGUAUUGGGCAGAAACUUAAUUGCUUGCUUGCUUUCUGCUUCAUGUUUAGCAUUGCCUUUUCCCACCCAGGAUUGCAUCCCCUGGCCCCCCAUUAGCUGUUAUCAUUUGUCUUUUAUCCAGGAAUGGGAACUGAGACCUUGAUUGCCAGUGCAAUUUCAGUGGGCUUGAAACACAUUUGGAAAACAGUUUUCUUUGAUAACUGUCUGUUUAUUAUUGGGUUUGCCUUUGUACAUUGAAGUUAAUGUGUGUCUGUGUGAAAAUACAUGAUCUUUAUUUUUUGAAAGAAUAGUUUUGUAUUUUAUGGGAAAAGGAAAGCCCCCUCCAUUACUGCUGUAAUAGGCAGACCAAAGAUAGCAACCAGCAUCUUGUCCCCAGUAUGUGCCCAGUCAGAUUUAUGGUCCUGUAGGGGUCUAAGUCACAGCAACUGUUGUGGCACUGGGAGGGUGGACACCAUAAGUUAUGAUUUUGAAGAACUGCUGAGGGCUCUGAAAUGGCAUUGGAGUAAACAAACGCUGGUACAGGCAUGGCUCAGCUAUUUCAGAGAGAGUGGGGAUGGAUUCUCUGCAUAAGAGGUAGACCAGCUUGCUGCUGCUAAAAAUGGUUUGGAAAAGAUAAAAAGGAAUAAUGUAUUGAGACAUGAAUCCAAAUCCCUUCCUGGCCUUGAAGGUGUAAGCUGCCUCAGAAGAUGUUUAUGAGAAUAAAGUAAAUGACUACAA